GCGCAUAUUUGAGCUGCCAGAGGCGAGACGAGCACUUCACCGAUGAAUGAGUGACGGGGUCGCUCUUCUUAGACGCCCCCUACAAAACCCAGACCCCAUUCAUAAGCUUAAAUAACGACUAAACACCGAGUGUGGGAUAUCUGUGACUUUCUAUAACUGCUGAGAGCCGAUCUUAAGAUUUAUCGAGCAUCUGGACACAUCGCUGAGGAAACCAUGGAGACGGAAUCAUCCCAGUUAGGGAAUAACGGAGCGAAUGAAAGUGAGCCUCUACCGGUGGACUAUCCCGGAGGAGAGAUGCUAGCCUCUCUCGGUGUACGGAGAGGGUCCAGCGUGAAGAAACAUCACCACAAACACAACCUGAAGCACCGCUACGAGCUGUUCGAGACGCUCGGGAAAGGAACAUAUGGAAAAGUGAAGAAAGCCAUAGAGAGGCACACUGGACGAGUGGUGGCGAUUAAAUCCAUCCGAAAGGAAAAGAUUAAAGAUGACCAAGACAUGGUGCAUAUUCGCAGAGAGAUCGAGAUCAUGUCUUCUCUCCGCCAUCCACACAUCAUCUCUAUAUACGAAGUGUUCGAGAAUAAGGAUAAGAUUGUGAUCGUGAUGGAAUAUGCCAGUAAGGGUGAGCUGUACGAUUACAUGAGCGAGCGCCGAAGGCUCAGCGAAAGGGAGACCAGGCACUUCUUCAGACAGAUCGUCUCUGCUGUUCAUUACUGCCACAAGAACGGAGUAGUACACCGAGAUCUCAAGCUGGAAAACAUUCUCCUGGAUGACAACGGUAACAUUAAGAUUGCAGAUUUUGGUUUGUCCAACCUCUACCACAAGGACAAGCUUCUUCAAACGUUCUGCGGCAGCCCGCUUUACGCUUCCCCUGAGAUUGUGAAUGGACGACCGUAUAGAGGCCCGGAGGUUGACAGUUGGGCGUUGGGCGUAUUACUCUACACUCUCGUCUACGGAACAAUGCCCUUCGAUGGAGGAGACCACCAAAGACUCAUUCGCCAAAUCAGCAACGGAGAAUACAGGGAACCACCACAGUCAUCAGACGCUCGUGGUUUGAUCCGCUGGAUGUUGAUGGUUAAUCCAGAUCGCAGGGCUACAAUUGAGGACAUUGCAAAUCACUGGUGGGUGAACUGGGGCUGGAAAUCCAGCGUGUGCAACUGCCAAAUGCAAAGGGAAAACAGCUCGCCCAUGCUGGCCCGCUUCAUUGACUGGCAGAACCGCACCGAGGUCCGUCCAGGCAAAGUUCAAUGCCCAGAGCCUGGUAACAUUAACAAUGUCACUAAUACAGCCUUGACUCCAGCCCGGCGCCUGAGAAAGUCCAUGAAGGAGAACGAUGGUGUGAUGUGGGGUGUUGCAGAGGAGAAGCCAGGCCUCAAGAGACCAAAAGGCAUCCUGAAGACUCGGGCGACCAGUGGAGACCAGCGGUCCCAGAGUCUGUGCGAAGUAGAGCUCAGACGGUCCAUUUGCUACCAAGAUGUCGAGUCCGGCUCUAGUCCAGAGCCAGAGGACACGCUGGGUGGCUCGCCAGCCAAAAUGGUGUCCAUGUUACCCAAGAAAGGCAUUCUGAAAAAUAAUCAGCAGCGCGAGUCUGGGUAUUACUCCUCGCCGGAGCACAGCGAGUCCUCCGAACUGUUAGGGGGUGCCACUGUGCAGCCUCCGAACAGCUCACCACCCAAACGGACUGUCGGGAGGAAAGGUAUACUGAAGCGUAAUGGGAAAUAUUCCACACACAGUGCCGUGGGAGUCCAUGGGGAGGUCCCGGCAGACUCAACUGUCUCGCGGAGCCAAAGCAGGCCAUCUAGCAUCUUGCACGAGGAGAAGGGUCUCUCCAGCAUGGGGUUGGACUGGCCUCCCGCCUCUCCGAAACCCAACAUCCGGGGCUCGCUGUCGGCCGAAGACUUGCUGCAGAUGGCUGGGUUCAGGGGCCUUCAGACCAUGGCACCCCUUCCCGGUGGAAAGGGCGUCCGAAGCCCUCCUGGUUCCCCUGGAGACAAUGGGAGCUUCUCCUUGCUGGGUGAUCUGGAUGAUGUUACCCAGGUGUACCAGAAAGCCCUGGACAUCAGCAACCAGCUAGGCUAGACUUGGACAAAAAGGCAGAGAUACUGGAAGAGUGAAUGAUUCCCAGCUUGU